AUGUGGGGUGCUAUUAGUGUAAGAGAUGUAUUGACUUGUCACACCUUCAGGUGCAAUCUUGAUGGUUCAUAUUAUGUUCAUAUACUUAAAAACUAUCUUCUUCCUGCUGCUAAACAAGAAUUUCAUCAAAAAUGGUGUUUACAUCAAGAUAAUAAUCCUAAACAUACUAGCAAUAUUUCCAAACAAUUCAUCAACAACAAAGUACCACGGUUACUAGAGUGGUCAUCCAGUAGCCCAGAUGUUAAUCCUAUCGAGAAUGUAUGA